CACCGCUAGCCGCGGGCACACCGGGGUGUGGCGGUGAAGGCGUGGCGCGCUCCGUGCCCGGCCGUGCCGCGGGCCGGGCGCUCCGCGGGCAGCGGGCGGUGCCUGCCGCGCCGCGGGGCGGGGGCCGGGCCGGGCCCGCUGCUGCUGCUCCCGCUGCUGCCGUUCCCGCUGUCGCUGCUCCCGCUGCCGCACACGGCGGAGGAGCCCCCAGCCCCGCCGCCGCCAUGGAGAAGCAGCCCGGCGGCGAGGAGGAGUGCGCGGACUCGGGAGCGGAGACGGGCGGGUCUGAGUACAGCCGUAUGUCCUCUACCAGCAGUGAACUUUCUGUGGAAGGCAUACAAGACCCAUUCCUUGUUAGUGUACAUAUUAUCACAGACCCAGGUGAAUCCAAGACUCUUCAGCAGGCCAUUGAUAAGCUUCUAGCCUGGAUCCAUCCCGACCUCCAGCUGUUUCGGGUCUCAGAAAGACGAGUGCCCCGGAAGCGCAGGAAGCUGCUCAAGGCUGCUGUUGCUCAGCCAGCCCUUGCUGUCAUUCUCUUCCUGCAGGAGGAGUACGGAGAAGAACCCAUCUUGCAGCUCCAUGAAACUUUUCAGCGACCACCUUGGCAUUACCACCACACAGAGCUAAUGCAUGGGAAGUUCCUCCCUUACCUGCCAUGCAGCCAAGACUUUUACACUUUGGCUCCAGAGACUCCUCUGUGGGCCAUUCGCCCAGUGCACUACGGGAAAGAAAUGAUCCGCUUCACCAUAUACUGCAGGAAUGAGAAUUUUGUGGACAUUUUGAAAUUGUAUGAGUUAAUACUGAAAAGACCAGUGUGUCAGAAAAAAGCAGACUUUUGUGUUUUUCCUGUCUAUUCUAACAUGGAAAUAGACAUUCAGUUUUCUUUAAAAAAACUCCCAAAGGGACAAGUUCCAGUGAGAACAGAGUCAGCCGUGCUGGAGUUCAGAGUGAAAGAUGUGGGGCAGCUUGUGCCUCUCUUGCCCAACCCUUGCAGCCCCAUCAGCGAAGGCAGGUGGCAGACAGAAGACCAUGAUGGAAAUAGGAUCCUUUUGCAGCAAGCACACAGUUGGUGUAGGAAGUCUGCAAAGCAGAACAAGCAACCAUAUCCAUCUGUGUCAGCAGAUUCCCACUUCACCACUCUGCCAGCCUUCCUUCCUCAGAGCCACCGAUCUGUCUCUGAGCAGCCACAAGAAAUGGGUCAAAAAAAGGAACAUCACACUAAUGGCCUUGGUCAUUAUCUUGGUUUCUCCCAGCAGGACUUGAGACAUAGUGAUCUAGGAGACUUCACACGCAGAUCCAGGAGUGCCUCCAGCAUUUCUUGGUCAUUUCAACGAAGCAAGUCUCUGUUCUGCUUGCCCACAGUGAACUCCUCUUCAGCAUCAGAGACAUUUCAUUUCAGUGAACCAUUUCAGUUUUUAAAUACUGGGUCACCUGCAACCAGGUUAAAAACAUGGAAAUGCAGUCCCAAGCUUAACAUUAAUGACUUAGAGGAUGCCCAAGAGACUGAUGUGGACACAGGGAUGAAGCUGUCCUUCUCAGACCUGUCUGUGGUUUCUGCAUACUCUGCCCUCAAUGGAUUUUGCAGUGAGUUGGAAGACUCUCUUCCAUCACAGAAACAAACUCUCAGUAGGGCUAAACAGGCAGCCACCAGUGGAAGGCCUUUAUCAGCCAUGUGCAAUACUUUUGAGUCAGUUGAUGGUUCACUGCCUUCUCUUUCAGAAUGGUCUUCCAGCUCUUUCACAUCAGCAUCUCUCUCUGAGCAACACAAGCAGCCCUUGAGAGCAGCUCCCUAUUCUCUGGAUGAUCGUGUUUGCCUGGCUUCACCAGUUAAUGAGGAAGAAUUUUACAUCUGAGGUUUCUCUAACUUACA